AUGUCGACAAUAAAUGAUUGGUCAACUUUUUCAAUCGAAAUUCAUAAAACAUUUUCAUCGAUAAUGCAUCACGAAUUAGCAUUAAAGAAGGUUGGUAGUCGUCACCAAGAUUGUGACGAAACUGUUUUACAUUAUUAUAAUGAUAUGAUAGAGUUAUUCGAUAUGAUUGAUUUAAAUAUGAAUGAUCAUUAUAAAGUUUCUUAUUUAAAAGCUGGUCUUAAAACGUCGUUGAAAAAAGAGGUGAUAAGAAGAGAUCCAAAAACAGCAGUACAAUUUUUGGAAUUAGCACAAGCAGAAGAAAAAUUAGAUUUAUCAUUAAAUAUAGAAAUGAAUAAUUUACAAUUUUCACAUAUUGAUUCCGUAUCAGCAAUUAAAUCAUCGAUAAAACCUUACUCACAACAACAACCACAACAACAACGAAAAUUGUAUCAAUCAUCGACAAAUGUUAGAUCGGGAGCUAAUGAUGGUACAGCUCUCGUCAAUUUACAUUCUCCAUCGUUAAUUUUUAUUUCAACUUGGAUUAAUAGCAUUAAAAUUUCUACUAUGAUUGAUACGGGAGCAACUUCAUCGUUAAUUACAAUGUCAACCAUUAUUAAAUUAAAUUGUCAGGAUCAAAUUCAUAGGCAAGCAGGUGAAAUCACAUUAGGCGAUUCAAGAACAAAAAUAAUUCAGCAUGGAUGGAUUUAUUUGAAUUUAAAGAUCAACAAUUUCAAUUGUCAAAUAAGAGCUAUUGUUGUUGAUUAUUUAACAACUAAUUUUAUUUUAGGAAUGGAUUUUUUAAGAAAAUAUAAAAUAGAACUAAAAAUUCAACAACAAUGUCUUGUUAUUCAUUAUAAACAUCAACAUUUAUAUGUUAAAUUUGAGAAGCCAAACUCUGCUAGAUUAUCUCAACAAUGUACAAUUUUGCCUAGAUGUAGAGCUGUUGUUAAUGUUUUCGUACCAGGUAUUUCAAAUAAAAAGAAAAUGUAUUUGAAUGUUAUUCAUAAACGAAUCCAACAACAUAAACGAAUUAGAAUUUGUGAUGGAUUGGUAAAUGUUAAAGAUAAUAAUAUUCAAUUAAUAAUUGAUAAUCCAACAACAAGAAUUGUAACACUACCAAAAUCCAUGGUUGUGGGUACAGUUGAUUAUUUACCUACAGAUGUAUAUUGUUCUACAUUAUUCUCAAAUAUUGACAUACAAGAAACCUAUUGUACACAUAAAACAGAACAACAAUUAAUUGAUUUAGAUAAAAUUAUUGGUACGUUAACCCAACAUCUUGGAAAUAAUCAAUUAUACUAUCAACAGAUAUUUAAUCUUUUAAAAAAGCAUAUUGUUUUAUUUGAUACAUCUCAAUCAAGAACAAUCAAAACGAAUGUUCAUCAUGUUAUUAAUACAGGUAAUCAUUCUCCGGUAAAUGCCAAACCAUAUUUUAAGACAAUUGAACAACGAAAAAAUAUUCAACAUGAAAUUGAUAAGAUGCUGCAAGCUGGUAUUAUAAUUCCAUCACAUUCUCCAUGGUCUUCACCUGUGGUGUUAUUGAAAAAACCAAAUGGAGAAUUUCGAUUUAUAAUUGAUUAUAGAAAACUGAAUUCAAUUACAAUUAAAGAUUGUUAUCCGCAACCCACGGUUGAAGAACUUCUUAAUAGAUUAGGUGGUCAUUCAUGGUUUACGAAAAUAGAUUUGAAAAGUGGAUACUAUCAAAUCCCGAUUCAUCCUGCAGAUAAAUCAAAGACUGCUUUCAUAACUCAAGAUGGAUUGUAUCAAUUUCAAGUACUGCCUAUGGGGCUGAUGAACGCUCCACCGACAUUUCAACGUGUUAUGAAUAAUAUCAUUGGAUACAAUAGAUGGGAUUAUAUUCUUGUGUAUCUUGAUGAUAUAUUGGUGUUUUCGAAUUCAUUUGAUGAUCAUAUGAAACAUCUUCAAGAAUUAUUUAUUAUAUUAAGUAAUCAUCAAUUUACUUUAAAUCCGACCAAAUGUUCAAUAGCACAACAAUCCAUCGAAUUUUUAAGUCAUACAAUUACUAAAGAUUCAAUUGUUCCAUCCAAAGAACGUAUUCAAGCUAUACUUGAUAUGCCACAACCAAGUUCCUUAUCACAAGCAAAUAAAUUUAUUGGAAAAAUAGGAUGGUAUAGGAGAUUCAUUCCCAAUUUUGCACAAAUUGCUGCACCUAUACACAAAGUGACAAAUAAAAUAAAAAAGAAGAAAAAAGAAUUUUAUUGGAGUAACGAUCAAAUACAAGCAGCAAAUCAAUUAAAACAAAUUUUAACUGAAGAACCAUUAGUUUUAAAAUAUCCUCAUCCAACUGCACCAUUUAUAUUAUCCACUGAUGCUUCCGAAUAUGCUAUUGGUGGAACAUUAAAACAAAUAAUUAAUGGACAAAUUCAUUAUAAUUAUUUUUUGUCCAGAUUAUUAACAACAACCGAACGAAAUUACUCGACCAUUGACCGAGAAGCCUUGGCUAUAUUUUGGUGUAUGGAGAAAUUGCAACAAUAUUUAGGUGGUCGAGAUGUUACGAUUUUUUCGGAUCAUAAACCAUUGCAACAAUUCCAUAAGAAAAUUAAAGCAAAUAGUAAACGAAUAGAACAAUGGUUAAUUAAACAUCAAGAAAUAAUUCCACAAAUAACUGCAGUUAUGUAUAGAAAAGGCAGUCAUCAUGGUGAUGCAGAUGGUAUGUCUAGACCGGAUAUUGAUGUUCAUCAUAAUCAAUUAAAUGUGACCACACGAUCCAUGAAAAAAAUUAAUCAACACCAAUUAACAAAUAAUGAUAAUCUUAAAUCAAAAUCAACAAAUAAUGAUGAAAAAUUAACAUCAAAACAUAUGACAUUUAAUUUUAGUUUAGAACGAAUUAGCCAAGAACAACAACAUGAUCCUGAAAUACUUCGUAUGAGACAGCAGGUGUCACAGAAAAAAUUUGAUAAUAAAGAUUAUGUUAUUGAAAACGAUGUGUUACACAAAGUCAUACAACUACCACGUGCAGCACAUACAAAAUUUAAAGUUGUAUGUAUUCCAUUGACAAUGCAAAAGGAGGUGAUUAGUUGUUACCAUGAUCAUCCAACAGCUGCACAUUUUGGUGUUAAUAGAACGUGGCUUAAAAUCCGAACAACAUGUUAUUGGUCUAAUAUGAAAAAAAGUAUUCAAGAUUAUAUUAGAUCCUGUGAAAAAUGUGCAAAAUUUAAUAUUCGUCGAACAGCUCCACCAGGUCAUUUACAUCCAAUUGAAUAUCCACAAGGUCCUUUAGAAUUAAUAUCUAUGGAUUUUUGGGGUCCAACACCACACUAUUCAAUUAAUGGUAAUAGGUAUGUUCUUGUUAUUACGGAUUAUUAUACUAAAUACGUCGUAGCAUGUCCACUUCCUAAUAAUACAGCAACAUCAACAGCAAAAUCUUUCGUCGAACAAUUUAUAUUUAAAUUUGGUAUUCCUCGUCGAAUUGUUACUGAUCAAGGAGUUCAUUUUAAUAAUGAAUUAAUGCAAAAUUUAACAAUGUUAUUAGGAACCAAUCAUAUACAAACCAGUGCAUAUCAUCCACAGUCCAACGGAUUGGUGGAGAGAUUUAAUGCAACUUUUCAUCCUCAAUUAUCGAAAUUAUAUAAUGCAGAAUUAAAUGAUUGGGAUGAAUAUUUAGCUCCUGUAAUUUAUGCUUAUAAUACAGGAGAACAAAGUACAACUGGUUAUAGCCCGUUUCAAUUAAUGUUUGGUAGACAUCCUAUAUUACCUCUUAAUCAUACACCAGCGACAUUUAAAUUCAAUCGACCGAAUGACUAUUGGAUGAAAUUAAUUAAAUGUAUGAACAUUUAUCGUCAAAUUGCUCGUCAAAAAACAUUAUUUCAUCAACAACAAUCGAAACAACGUUUUGAUAAAAAUCGCAAAAAUCUACAAUAUGAAAUAAAUGACUUGGUUUUUUACAAAGUACCUGGUCAUCGUGCAAAAUUGGAAGAGCGAUUUUCUGGUCCAUAUACGAUUGUCAACAAACAACAUCCAUCAUAUACAAUUCAAAAUAAUGAUUCAUUAACAUCUAAACGUGUACAUGUUAGUGAUUUAAAGCUUGUUUACCAACGUCAAAUUUAA